GUCAUGAAAGAAAAACAAACCCGAGUUUAAUUUAUUGCUCCUUAUUAUCUAACUUGGAUUUCGAAAUCCACACAUUUCAUCCAGUAUAUUGCCAUUAUUCCUGCCCGAGGUCGAUUUGCUGGUGACGGAGAAACACGAACAGAAUAUAAAAUGCGAACCACAUCGAUACUGUACAAAAUCCGAUUGCCCCAACGGGAAGCGACUGUCCCCUUCCAGGAAAUCCUCCCGCUGCGUCUGAAGAACCAAGUCAGCGGGAAAACCGACAAAACGUCCGACGUGGCAUGCCUGCAAGAAAUGGCCGUUAUGUUCUCCUGCCUCAAGGCUAACGAUUUCGAGGAACGACUCUGUCUGAAGGAGGCUUCCACCUUCAAAAAGUGCUACAAAGUGUACCUAGACAAAAAGGCCGACAAGAAGGAAACCUCCAGCAAGGGUAUCAUAGUUCCGGGCAGGGAUCUGAACCACAAGCAGCUCAAUGCAUUUCUCCAGCAGUACCCGAGUCAGCCUUAUCGCAAAUAGUUUAGCGUUAAUUGUUUGUGAUUAAUAAAAAAAAUCGAAUAGAA